AUGAAGGAUUUGCUUCUAUUCCAUGUCUUCUGCCUCAUGAACAGGGGGCAGGUGUCGACUCUUGCGGGUUCUCAGUGGAAGGCAUACCCAGUGCUGGGACCAGACGUGACCGAGAACGCUGGCGCCUCCAUGCCAGUGUUCACGGCUCUGCCCUUCGCCACACCUGCUCCCGGCCCAGCACACGGGCCGCCCCUCAUGACUGCAGUGGUUCCUCCAGGUGGCCCUCCGGUGCUGUCUGCCUUCCCCAGGACCCCUCUGGUGGCAGGACAGGAUGGCCGAGGCCCAAAUUGGGUUGGGGCUUCCAACAUCCUUGUCCAGAUGAGGACAGAAGUGGGGCCUGUGAAGGCCCCUCAGGCACAGACCUUGGUCCUAACUCAGGUACCCCUCGUCUGGCAGGCUCCAGGUGCCGUCUGUGAGGGCGUGGCAUGUCCACCUCCCCGGCCCCUGGCAGCUGCCCCUGUGGUGCCCGCUAUGGCUGCCCAGGUCGUUGGGGGCACCGAGGCCUGUAAGGGAGGCUGGUCCCAGGGCCUUCCUCCUCCAGCACCACCAGCGGCUCCCCAGCCAGCCCUCAUGAUGGCCCCAGGAAAUGCUUGUCCAUGGCCACAAGGGGCUCAUAGAGAGGGCAACCUGGCUCCCUCCCAGGCCAAGAAUCCCGCACACGACUCCUGCAACCCCAAGAGCGUGUAUGAGAACUUCCGACUCUGGCAGCACUACAAGCCCUUGGCUCAGAGGCACCUUCCCCAGAGUCCAGACAUGGAAGCACUUUCCUGCUUCUUCAUGUGA